AUGGAAGUUGCACAGAGGAGUGGCCUGUCAUCAUACCAGUGCAAACACAUCCGCUCAGUAAAUUACUGCACAUCCUCUGCAGAACCAGUCUCCCUGAAAGAGGAGAUUUUAUCCGAGAUGGUGAAAGCAAAGUGGUUUACCACUGCAGCUCUGCCCACACCAGCAGUGAGAGACACACCAUCUCCAACUUCUCCAGUGCUGACCACACCAUCUCCAGCCACUGCAGCUCUGCCCACACCAGCAGUGAGAGACACACCAUCUCCAACUUCUCCAGUGCUGACCACACCAUCUCCAGCCACUGCAGCUCUGCCCACACCAGCAGUGAGAGACACACCAUCUCCAACUUCUCCAGUGCUGACCACACCAUCUCCAGCCACCGCAGCUCUGCCCACACCAGCAGUGAGAGACACACCAUCUCCAACCUCUCCAGUGCUGACCACACCAUCUCCAGCUACUGCAGCGUUGACCACACCAGCAGUCUCCUCAAGAAGGGUUUGUGUGUGGCCUGUGAUCCAAAAAAGAUGCCCCGUUUGCAAUAUCCUCAUUAAUAAAAAAAACUUAAAAAAGCACAUUGACCGCAAACACACAGAAGAGCCAAUACAGGACAUUAAUGCCACAUUCCAUCUUGAGAGCCAGCGCAUCGACAGGACAAAUGGCAUAUAUGCAGUCCUUAAAGUUACCAAGGGUCACAGUGUUCCUCUUCAUAUUCAGCUCAAGACAUGGGGAGAACACCAUAAGGUCAUCUGUGAAUCACAUGAAUGUCAGGUCAACAUGGAAGUUGCACAGAGGAGUGGCCUGUCAUCAUACCAGUGCAAACACAUCCGCUCAGUAAAUUACUGCACAUCCUCUGCAGAACCAGUCUCCCUGAAAGAGGAGAUUUUAUCCGAGAUGGUGAAAGCAAAGUGGUUUAGUAAUGAAAAGAAGAAGAUAUGCCUUACUCGGCAGCAGCUUGCCAACAGCAGUUGCAUACCACUCUCUGUUCAAACUUCGAUCGGCACCCCUGAAACAAAGAAGUUAAUUUCAGUAUUUGAACCCAGUGUUUCCUAUUACAGUCGGUUGGGGCGUGUAAUGGUUGUGUAUGACUCAAAAUUAAACACAUGGCAUUGUCCCUGUGCCAAAUUGCGGCGUUCAUGUGUGCACAAAUAUAUUGCAAAAUGGCACCUUUUUCAGACGCAACGUGACCUGUUUCGAACAGUCUUCAGCAUAGAAGAAUCACCACACAAACCACCAUAUGCACAGUCUGAGGAGAAAGAUUUCAGCGAAGACAGUCCUGUUUAUCCUCCAAAAGAUCAGGGGCUAAAUAAUAUGGUAUGUUACAUUAUUCAGCACAAGAAGAUACCUGUUGAUCUACCAGAUGAUGUGCGGGUACCAUCACCAGACAAAGAUUACCCAAGAAGCCUUUGUCCAGAUGAAUGUAUCUGUCAGAUUUGUCCAGGUGUCGUCCCCCUCAGCAAUCCCAUCCUAAUUACAAAGAAGGCUAAAAUACUCACAAACUGGUCCAUAAUUGAAGAUGUUGCCACUUAUUGUAAGCAGUGCCCACUAUGUGGAAUGUUCUACCGUUACCAGGAGUGGAAAGACCACCUACAUAACUUCAAUGACCACAACAUCCUUGCCAUACCCUUAUGUCUAACCUUGAGAAGCCUUCUCCAGGUGCAUACAUCUGUGAGCAGAGCUGUUGAUUUUUUGGAAGAUUUAACAGGAUUGAAGUUUCCGCCAGCUGACACUAUGCUUCAUGCAUAUUUACACUUUGAGGCCUUACAGCACAUGAAUACAGGUAUUCAUAUCCCCCAGUGGUGAUAAUGGAUCUACACAAAAAGGGUGUUUUCCAGUUUUCUGUAAGUGACAGAGGAACCUCCAGAAAAUUUUCGAGGGGAUAUCAGUGUAGAAACAUUCUGGGACGCAGUGUCCAAAGAGAUGA